AUGAUGCCUUCAAGUCCCAGAUGUCCGAACCAAACUAGCUUCACCAAUCAACCUUUCGACACGACAUUUAUCUUCGUUGUCCUCUUCCUGCGUCCAAAAAUCAAGGCCGCAGUUCUAGCCAUCAGAGUAGGGCUUGAAGUAUUGAACUAUAAUGUAAUCACCAAGAGUCAUUUUGCGCCUCUUGCAAAUGAGGUGAGCAGUUUGAGCUGUGGUGCAAGCAAUCCUUAUGCAGAGCGUAUUACUGAUCGUAAUGGAUAG